CUCUGAUCAGGAAGAACUUGUUGAGCAACACGUGAAUUGAGCAUACACCAGAAAACAUACGACACUGAGUCACAAGCUCACCGCAAGAUCUUCAUGAUUGCUGUCCUUUUGUCCCGUGAAAACUGACAGCGGAACACAGGACAGAAGUGUGUUUGAAAGUGCCAGUAUGUCAUGGCAUCUCUGGGCGCAUCCUUUGUGCAAAUAAAAUUUGAUGACAUCCUCUUCUACGAGAACUGUGGCGGCGGGAGUUUCGGGAGCGUGUAUCGCGCCUGUUGGAUCUCCCAGGACAAAGAGGUGGCGGUGAAAAAGCUUCUGAAGAUUGAGAAAGAGGCAGAGAUUUUGAGUGUUCUCAGCCAUCGAAAUGUUAUCCAGUUUUAUGGAGCGAUUCUGGAAGCACCCAACUAUGGAAUUGUUACAGAGUACGCCAGUUGUGGAUCUCUGUUUGACUAUCUGUCCAGUGCCGAGAGUGAGGACAUCAGCAUGAAACAGAUCAUGACCUGGGCCGUGGACAUUGCUAAAGGCAUGCAUUAUCUGCACGCUGACGCCCCUGUCAAAGUUAUCCACAGAGACCUCAAAUCCCGCAAUGUUGUCUUGACAGCAGAUAAAGUUCUCAAGAUCUGUGAUUUUGGGGCAUCUAAGUUUCAUUCUCACACCACCCACAUGUCUCUGGUUGGCACAUUUCCCUGGAUGGCCCCUGAAGUCAUCCAGAGCCUUCCUGUGUCUGAGACCUGUGACACAUACUCGUAUGGAGUGGUCCUGUGGGAAAUGCUGACACGUGAAAUUCCCUUCAAAGGUCUGGAGGGGCUGCAGGUGGCCUGGCUGGUGGUGGAGAAGAACGAGAGGUUGACUAUUCCAAGUAGCUGUCCGGCCAGUUUCGCCUGUCUGAUGAGAAGCUGCUGGGUCACAGAGCCGAAAGACAGACCGAUGUUCAAACAGAUCUUGUCCACACUGGAGUCGAUGUGGAAUGACACUCAGUUACCUGAUGAGUGCAACACUUUCCUGCACAAUAAAGCAGAGUGGAGGUUUGAGAUCGAGGCGACUCUAGAGCGUCUUAAGCGGCUGGAGAGAGAUCUGAGCACUAAAGAACAAGAGCUGAAAGAGAGAGAGAGACGACUGAAGAUGUGGGAGAGGAAACUCAUCGAGCAGUCUAACACACCCUUCUUUCUUCCUGUAGCCGCAGCCAUCAGCUCAGGGUUGUUGUUUGAGUCGAGGGUGGAGGAAUUGAGUUCAGAGGUGUCGUGUGAGAUCAGCGGCUGUGCUGAUGGAGAGAUUGGUGGUCUGGCGCUGCAGGCCGUCAUGAGGGGGUUUGGCGAGAUGUUUCCGCUGGAGUUCCCCUCGGUUCCUCUGCAGCAGUCGGGCAUACAGGUCCAUAUGAGGACCACAGAGAACUCUUCCAAGACCUGCUCUCUUAGACAGGGAUACAAGAUCACUAUGCCUUUGGGCAUGGCUGCGUUUGACUGGUCUGAUGACAGCGAUUAGGACACCGACAAACUGUGUUUGGGCAUCCAUUUAUUUUGUCUCAAUAGAGCGCAACAGUUAGGCCCCAGAAGUGAAAACUCAUCAAAAAUUCAUUUUGUUGAUAGAGAAAUACAUUUAAAUAUUAGUGUAAAAAGUGUAAAACCAACAAACAAGACCUAUCAUAGGCUUUGAUACUGUAAACAAUGAUGUAAGGGUGUUUCCUCAACUCCGGACACUUUCAUGGCCCAAGGCAUGAUUUUUUUUAUUUUUUUAUUUUUUUAAUAUGAAGGUCUUGAAACUUUUUACCAGGCCUUCAUCAUUCAUUUUUCAAAUGUACAUUCAUUUUUAUGUACAGAUUUGACUGUUUUAUUUUUGUACCAAACUUAGACUUUCAAUAUUUCUAAAACUAAGAUUAUCUAAACAAAGAAAUUUAAAUAAAUAUAAACCAAUUCAAUAUUUACAUAAAAAAACAAAAAUGUUUUGCCCCUAAUACUUAUUAUUAUUUUUUUUCAAAAGUUAGUGUACUUGUUAACCAAGUUGCUAAAAGUGUCAGUGAAGAGCAUACUUGAAAUGAAAUAUAAGACAAAAUAAAGAAAAAUCAAGGGAAAUCUCACUUGAGAAUAUUUUUAUUGGGCAUCAUUUCCAAUCAAGCUGUAAUUUUGCCACAAAAAAAAGCAAAAAGUUUGAAAAUAUGUUUUAAUUGUGUGUUUUUAGGAUACAUAAAAUGUUAGCUAUGGAAUUAGCCUUAGCAAGACAAAGGAGUCAGACAUUUUGGGCUCUAUUUUCCUGGGCGCGCAAAGCGUAGUGGCUUAUCCAGUUUUCGUGCCAGCACAAAGCGCAAGUGGUCGUGGGUAGGAGUGUUUGCGCUAUCUGUGGGUGUAUGCGCACAAACUGUGGGUGUAUUUUGUGUUAAUGAAGUGGUGCAAAGUUUAAACUCAGUUCCUGCAUUUGCAGUUUGUAGAUUCCACCAGCAAGUGGUAAUAAAGUUCAUGUCCAAACUCUGAAAAUAUAGAAGCACAUCAAAUUAUGUACCUGACGAUUAGAGUUGUAGACGUCUUCUGUGAAACAAAAUUUUUUGAGAUUUGUGUUAAACUAUCUAUAGUUCAUGGUUUAUUUUUAGUCAUUAUUAUUAUUAUGUUUAUAUUUACAAUUGUAUUUAUGGUCUAGUUUGUAGGCCUUAAGGUAUUUUUUCACCUUUAGUUGUAGAGUAAUUUUUAAGUCACUGCAAAACGGGCCGGUGGAAGAAGUUGGAGAGAAGAAAAUGUUUGGAAUUGGUAUGAUUUUUUGACCACUUUGUUAUUUUUAUUAUAUUUUCGUUUCGUUUGAAGUUUAAUUUUAAUAUAGAAAUAUUUUUGGUUGAAAUUAAUUUAAUUUUUCAAAAUCGAAAUCAACUGGUAGAAGUGAAGUGCAUGCCGAUUCAAUCACUGUUAAUACUAGUCAUGAUUUGUGUGUCAGUGGAUGAAAAUGAUUAAUAAUAUUUACAUUCUCUGUAAUUUAAUGGAGCGUACAUCCAAAUUCUGAUGAGAAUCACAUUUUCCAUGUUUGUAAAAGCAGCAUGUCACUGUCAAAGAAAUAUGCUCAACAAUCAUAAGGACACAGUUAAUACACAAAAGAACGUGAUUUUCAAUUCUUCUAAUUCACUGCAUACAGUCCACUUUUACACUGCCAACUUCUUAUACUUCUUAUUUAUAUCGCUGGUGCUUGAGGGAAUGAACUAUAUAAUAUGACGCAGAUGGUGGAAUAACUGAAGUAGAACCUCAGAAUUAAAUUGCACUUAAUCCAGCCCAUUUGCGCAUUGCGCGUGCGAUUUCGCUAAACCUAAUUGUGCUCAGACUUAGCACAUACUUGCAUAAAAAUACCAAAAUUUCAUGGCUAUGCCCACUGACUUAACGCUAACGCUCUUAAAAUAGGGCCCAAUAUGUAAAAAACCUUAAAAUGUCAUUUCCAUUUCCAGCACAGCAUUCUAUCAAACACAAUACAGAAUUUGCUGGAAAUCACACUGUGGUGGGAAUUAUCAUGAUUUGCAUGCUGUACACUGUUGGACAUAGUUAGUAGACUAAUGUAAAAAUGAGUGCGUGUGAACAAUGUUUAGUGAUACUCUCUGGAAGUACACAGUGAUAAAAGUUCCCAAAGUUGAAGAAACACCCAUAUACUUCUGUAGUGAUUUCAACUACAUCUUUGAUAAAUUGUGUUUAAUAGUGGAAUUCCCAGUGAAAACUACACUAACCAUAAUGCUGACGAGAGAUCCACCAAUCCAAGAAGUCGCUGUUACCAUGGAAAAGAGAUCUGAAGUAACCGCCCACUCCCAUGAAGCACUGCAAAUGCUGUGUCAAGUCGGUCUCCCUACACUCUCAAACAGCUGAUAUAUUUCUAAAUAUACCUUAACAUUUUUGUAUAAGCUUCUAAAAUAUUUUUUGUUUCUACAUAUAUGUAUUAUCAGUGACAAUGCUGACAGCUCGGACAGUCCUCGUCUGUGCGCAUCGUCGACGCGUGCGCCAGCCGUUGACUGUACUAAAAGGGUAUCACAAAACUUUCCUUGUGCGCAUGCAUUGAAGCCGUUCAUAUUAGCUUGCGGUCAAGAGUAUACUUUAAAAGGCAAUGCGGCCGACCAGGCACCAUCCGAUCCGGAACACAGAAAAACUAAGUAUAACUGGGCCUUAAGUUAACACUUUUAUAUUGUACUGUCAUUAUUUUUUAUCAAUUACGUCAUUCACAAUGUUUCAUGGGAUGCAUGAUUCAUUGAUAAAAGAUGCUACGUACCCACGUCUUGUUCCUUAGUCUUGGUUUCUAUUUUUUUCUAAUACUAUUUUGCUUUAAACCAAAGUUGAUAUGACGUAAGUCACUGCUCAACUACCAUAGUAUGAUGUAUCGUUAAAAUUGGUUCUACAAUGUAGAGCUGUCGUUAAUGACGUUAUGCAGAUGGUGGAGCAAUAAUUCUGCGGAGAUUAAAUGAAUGUCAAAUUAUAGCACAUUUACUGUACAUGGACACCAGAAAUCCGUUUAUUGCGAGAAAGCUGCUUAAGACACAAAAGUAUGCAUGGUGUAAUUGCCGUUCCUAAUACAUGUGGCUCGGUAAGUUUCCCCUCUUACAUCGUACUCUGGGGUUCUCCCGGAGCAUUUGAACACAUUCAAAAAUGCACACUCGUCAAAAAUCUAGGGAUAAAGGACACUAAAAAGGUUGUCACUGUAGCGCUCUAUAGGGAUGGUUAUAAUGAUUUUUUUAUGCAGAUGCAAUCUACUGAAGGCAAUAACAGUGCAUUAAAACCUAAUAUAUUUGCAUUUGAUGUAAUGGUGCUCUUAAUAUGCAAGGUUCUUCAUGUAGCACUUCUGUUACAAGUAUUCUGGAAUACAUGCGGCUCGGUAAGUUUCCCCUCUUACAUCGUACUCUGGGGUUCUCCCGGAGCAUUUGAGCACAUACGAGAAUGCACACUCUACAAAAAUUUAGGGAUAAAGGAUGCUAAAAAAGUUGUCACUGUAGCGCUCUAUAGGGAUGGUUAUAAUGAUUUUUUUAUGCAGAUGCAAUCCACUGAAGGCAAUAACAGUGCAUUAAAAUGUCUAAUACAUUUGCAUUUGAUGUAAUGGUGCUCUUAAUAUGCAAGGUUCUUUAUGUAGUGCUUCUACUAAGUUUUUUGGAAUCUGUUUUUCUUUAACUAGAACAGUAUUUAUUUGCAAGAGAAUUCAUAUUUUUUUAAAGAAGAGUUUAAGUGGAAAUAAGCCAUCUGUCGGCACUGUAGAGGUUACAGCAGUCACUUCUCUUGAGUCUCUGUAAAAGCUGUAUUAGGUGAGGCGGCCCGACACCCACCGGAUCCUUAUGGUUGUUAUUUAUAGCAAAUGAAGUGGAUGUAUAGCCACAUGCUGAAGAGAACUGGAGAGAACAGCGUGUCAGCGUGGCGAGGACAGCGCACACUUACCAACAACUGACAUUUCACUGACAUUAAGAUUGGCCAAUUUAAGCAGUGUGAAGACUGUGACGAACUCUCACACAGCCACAAGAAGAAAGAGAGAGACAGAGAGAGAGAGGAGAGAAUGAAAAAAGAGAAAGAAAGAAUAUUUCAGUAUUUCAUCCAGGAGAACUGAAAUGUGUAUCUUGUUCCUCUGUUUCACUGUUCACACCCAUUUAAGAACGUUUUUUUAAGUGAAAAAAGGGGUUGUACUUUUAAAAAUGUUUUAAAUGAUGCACACUUACAUAAGAUGAAGACUCAAGUCAUAUCAUAAUCCUAUUAAAGAGGUCACAUGAUCAGCCCAUUAGUUUUAGCUUUAUCUCGAUAACCCACCUGAUAUUGGACACUUUUACUUGCGGAAGAAAUUGUUAAUGGUUGACUGCAAACAGUCCAUUUUUACAGGAGGUAAAUCUGUGUCGAUAGUUGCUUUUUGGAGCGUUAUCAGCAAAAAUCUAUGACGAUUGUUGCUUAUAUAUAUUUUUUUGUUUUGUUUUUUUUUUUUUUUUAUUCCUCCAUGUUCCUCUAUGGCCGGUGCUGGAGGAUUCUACAGUUAGAAUGACUCAUUCAGCUGUAUAACAGUGGCCUCUAGAGGUGAAAUAAAAACAUCCACUGACUGACUAUAUUCAUCCAUAUUUUUAUCCUCACGUCAAUGCAAAUUUUGAUUAGAUAAAUCAUGUGGUCUAAAUUGAGGUGAGGGCAUGCAAAGAAAAAUUUGACUUUAUGGAAACGUGCCCCGUCAGCACAUACAUUGUGUCUCCAAUUUCUUAUUUUGUGAAUAAUAAUAAAAAACCUCAUCUGGUGAAAAUAUAUGCUAUAAAAACUUAAUUUGUUGAAUACUUACAUACACACCAAUCAGCCACAACAUUAAAACCACCUGCCUAAUAUCGUGUAGGUCCCCCUCGUGCUGCCAAAACAGCUCUGACCCUACGAGGCAUGGACUCCACAAGACCUCUGAAGGUGUCCUGUUUUAUCUGGCACCAAGACGUUAGCAGUAGAUCCUUUAAGUCCUGUAAGUUGUGAGGUGGGACCUCCAUGGAUCUGACUUGUUGGUCUAGCACAUCCCAUAGAUGCUCAAUCGGAUUGAGAUCUGGGAAAUUUGGAGGUUAAAUCAACACCUUGAACUCUUUGUCAUGUUCCUCAAAUCUUUCCUGAACAAUUUUUGCAGUGUGGCAGGGCGCAUUAUCCUGCUGAAAGAGGCCACUGCCAUCAGGGAAUACCAUUGUCAUGAAGGGGUGUACGUGGUCUGCAACAAUCUUUAGGUAGGUGGUAUGUGUCAAAGUAACAUCCACAUGAAUGCCAGGACCCAAGGUUUCCCAGCAGAACAUUGCCCAGAGCAUCACACUGCCUCCAUCAGCCUACCUUCUUCCCAUGGUGCAUCCUGCUGCCAUCUCUUCCCCAGGUAAACGACGCACACGCACCCGGCAGUCCACAUGAUCUAAAAGAAAACGGGAUUCAUCAGACCAGGCCACUUUCUUCCAUUGCUCCAUGGUCCAGUUCUGAUGCUCACGUGCUCAUUGUAGGCACUUUCGGUGGUGGACAGGGGUCAACAUGGGCACUCUGACCGGUCUGCGGCUACACAGCAAGCUGCAAUGCACUGUGUGUUUUGGCACCUUUCUAUCAUGGCCAGCAUUAAGUUUUUCAGCAAUUUGUGCUACAGUAGCUCUUCUGUGGGACCGGACCAGACGGGCUAGCCUUCGUUCCCCACACGCAUCAAUGAGCCUUGGGCGCCCAUGACCCUGUCGCCGGUUCACCGGUUGUCCUUCCUCUGACCACUUUUGGUAGGUACUAACCACUGCAUACCUGGAACACCCAACAAGACCUGCCGUUUUGGAGAUGCCCUGACCCAGUCGUCUAGCCAUCACAAUUUGGCCCUUGUCAUAGUCGCUCAGAUCCUUACGCUUGCCCAUUUUUCCUGCUCCCAACACAUGCAAUUCAAGAACUGACUGUUCAGUUGCUGCCUAAUAUAUCCCACCCCUUGACAGGUGCCAUUGUAACAAGGUUAUAAAUGUUAUUCACUUCACCUGACAGUGGUUUUAAUGUUGUGGCUGAUCAGUGUAAAGCGCUGUAAUGGAGCCAAGUCUCUGUCAUUUCAAAAUAAGAGUCCCAAGAAAAGUAAGUGGGCUUGUUCAUAGUCCUGUGUUAUGCUCCAAAUCUUCCUUUUUUUCUAGUUAUUAUUGGGAUAUUGGUUGCACAAUGCACUGCUUCUAAGACUUUAUAAAAAAAUAUAUAUAUUUUUUUACAUUCUUUAAAUCUAUUUUAAAAACUGUUUAAUCUGAUUAAUUGGUUAUUGACCUUUUUCACCACCUUAGUUUUGGCAAAAUCCACUAUCGGUCGUCCUCCAAUUUCUACAAUGACAUCAGAACCAAAAACUUUUGCUUUUGUGUGAUGCUUCAUUUACACCACUAGGUCCAAGACGACAGCCAUACAGGGCAAAAAAAAAAAAAAAAAAAACUGAGUGCAUCUUUAACACAUUUUGGCUCUUAUUAAACUUCUCUUUAAAAGGAAAGUACUGCAAUUUAUUUGUCUGAAGAGAUUUUACUGAUACAGUGUUGGACAGAUAAAAGCUUCUGACUGAUGUGACUCAGUAAAAUGUCAUCCAUAUAAUUAUA